AUGAUGUCGGGCGGGUCAACGCGGCCGUGGGCGAGCCUCAGCCCUAUACAGGCGCUUAUCGAGCAGGCAUGUGAUCCUACGCUUCCCGAGCCAAAUCACACGGUCAAUAUCGAGCUCGCUGAGCUAGUCAACAAGAAGAAAGCGAAUAGCGCUCGCGAAAGCAUCUUUGGUCUGCUCCCACAUAUCAACUCGCGGAAUCCGAAUCAAGCGCUCCUCGCUUUGAAUGUCCUGGACCAUCUCGUCCGGAACUGCGGAUAUCCGAUACACCUUCAGAUUGCGACAAAGGACUUUCUCAACGAGCUCGUGCGGAGGUUCCCAGAACGGCCACCUAUGGUCACAGGGCGUGUGAUGAGCCGGAUUCUUGAGAUGAUACAUGAGUGGAAGAACACGUUGUGUGUCCAGUCCAAGUACAAGGAGGACUUGGUGCAUAUACGGGAUAUGCACCGUCUCCUCAGCUACAAGGGAUAUCGGUUCAAAUCGUUUGACGCGACACGGGCCAUGUCCGCUGCAAACCCGAACGAGACAUUGAAAUCACCUGAAGAGCUGGAAGAGGAGGAUCGAGCCGCCAAGAGUGCUAAACUCCAGGAGCUCAUCCGGAGAGCAACCCCACGGGAUCUUGCCGCGGCUCAGGAACUCAUGAAGCAAUUGUCCGGCGCAGAACCCGAAAAGGCUCCGGACUACGCUGCGCAGACAUUCCACGAACUCGACAAGGUCCAAUCAAAAGCUAUCCUCCUCAACGAUAUGCUCAACAACGCGAGGGAGGGCGAGCGGAUAGGGAUUGUCGGUGACGCAUAUGAGCAAGUGGCAACUGCGUGUAAGGGGGCACGACCAAAGAUUCAGAAGUGGAUCGAAGAGGAUACCGGAGAGCGGGAGGGCAUGAUGGAUCGCCUCUUAUUGUGUAAUGACCUUAUCAAUAAUGCGCUGGAACGGUUCCAGGCUUGUAAAGCUGGAGAUUGGGCUCUGGCUCAAGCUUUGGUGGAGUCCUCCAACCCCAAUCAAAAAGCUGCAGACCUCAUCUCUUUCGAUGCUUUUGCGGACGAAGAGCAGGGCAUGUCGGGACAUGGCGGUCUCGCACUCCCCAACGCCGGCGGAUCCAACCCCGCAGCAGCCAACAACGCCAACAUGUCAUCCAGCGGUCUCCCGCUCGACCUGUUCUCCUCCCCUUCCCCCUCGCCCACCCCAAACCCCAUGUCGACCAUGUUCUCUUCUUCCUCCUCCUCCACUCCAGCCCGACAAGACCCCAUGGCCUUCUUCAAUACCUCUGCACACAUUCAACAAUCUAUCCCACAGUACCAGGCCCAGGGCGCUCAGCGGUCUCAAUCGCCAUACGGCAUGCCGGCUACACAGCAGGGGAUGGGCGGCGGGUUCGGAUUCGGUUCGGGCAUCGCGGGUCAGCAGCAACAUCAGCUGGAGACGGCACCAUUACAACCCCAACAGCAGCAGCAGGGGUAUUCGCUGUCACCACAGCCACCGCAGAAUGGGCAGCAGAAGCCGGGACAGAAGAAGGACGCUUUUGCGGAUUUAGUAGAUCUCAUGAACUAG